AUGGGACAGCCCGGUUUCCGACGUGCCAUGGGGCACAUUUCGUUGGUGGUGGCACUGAUUUGCACAACCUGUUUCCAAGUGGAAGGGCUACCUCAUCCGCCGGCCACGUCGCCGGCACCGAUGAUGGAACGGAUGGUGGAGCAGGCCUACGACGAUAAGUUCGACAACGUCGAUCUGGACGAGAUCCUUAACCAAGAGCGGCUGUUAAUCAACUACAUAAGGUGCCUGGAGGGCACAGGUCCUUGCUCGCCCGAUGCCAAGAUGCUGAAGGAGAUCCUACCCGACGCCAUCCAAACUGAUUGCACCAAGUGCACGGAGAAGCAACGGUAUGGUGCUGAAAAGGUGACCCGUCAUCUCAUCGACAACCGACCCACCGACUGGGAGCGUCUGGAGAAGAUCUAUGAUCCCGAGGGAACCUACCGCAUCAAAUACCAGGAGAUGAAGGCCAACGCCAAUGCGGAGCCUUGA